UAACGGCGCCUUCCUGACACCGGGCCGCCUCAGGGAGUAACGGUGGCCUUGCUGCGGCAUGGGGCGCUGCCGUGGUGUACCGUUUGAAUUCCCCAUUAUAUUACUUAGACCACUGCGCCCGCCUCGUCGGGCAGGUGGUCGUACGACCAAGAUGAAUACAAAUACUUACUUAAAUAACACUUAUAAAUCAAACGAGAGGGCUUUGGCCGAUCUGUUAGGUCAGCUGGUGAGGGGUAGAAACACCUCACCGACUGGAUUUAACAGAGGGGGAGUAGGAGGAGGUAGUGGAGUUAGUGGUGGUGGUGGUGGUGGGCCCAUGAGCAAUUAUGGUAGUUCAUCAAUGGGACCGAGUAGUGGAGGAGGUGGUGGAGGUUGGGGUGGAAACGCGCCUAAUGAUUGGAAUCAAGGUGGUGGCGGUGGCGGCGGUUUCGGUGGGGGUGGUGGCGGUGGCAGUGGCAACAUUAUGCCACUGAUGCAACGUGGUGGGGGGAUGAAUAUGAAUAAUAGCGGGGGUGGAGGAGGCGGUUAUGGUGGCGGUGGUAUGAAUGAUAACUUCGGUGGGAUGCAACAGGGGAACAACUUUAUGUCACGAGGCAACCAAGGUGGCUUUGGUGGCAUGCAGCCGAGCCGGGGAAUGAACAAUAGUGGUUUUGGCGGUGGUGGCUAUUCACAAAGUGAUAACUUUGGUGGCGAUGGUGGCUUUGGCGGUGGUCCGUCACCUCAGGGUGGUCGUUCACGCGGUACGUGGGUUAGUGGAGCCGCGAAUCGUAGCAACCGCAAUGCGGCACCGCCGCGUGGUAGUAGUCGUCCGUCGAAUUCAACGCCAGCCAGACGAAGCUUAAGCGAUACAAAAGCACCACUAUCAUCGAGAAAUAAUCGCAGCGGUGGUGCUUCUGCUUCAGGCAACGCUUCAAGACCUGUGCAGGCGCAAAAACGUAGAGCGCCCGAACCUUCUCCCGCGCCAACAAAAGCUAAGAUCAGUGCGAAUAAUGCUAGACCAACGUCCGUUCAAGGAAAUAAGACGGGCGGAGCCGCUGCAGAGCCUAGAAGGGUGCUGACACCAACUGGUGGGCGUUGGUACCAACAUUUCUUGAUGAAAGGGCUGAAACCAGAAGAAGCCCGCAAGAUAGCUUUUGAGAAUAAUAACAAGCCAUUCACCGCUGGCAAUGAAGGGGCAGCAAAGAAGAAUGCCAGAUCAAGACCACCCCGCGUAGAAAAUUACGUUCGCGUUGCAAUUUACGCGAAAGGGUUUCCCGAAAACAUGUUGGAUCCCGAAGAUCUAUCGUCUCUCGAAGAACUGAUCAUCGAUGAGGUUGCCAACAGUAGCGCCGAAUCGAAAUUGCAAUUUGAAAGAUUACUUCGAAAGCCGGGCAUGCUUAUAUUAGAUUGCCUAAAUCAGCAAACGGCCGAUUGGCUUACAGAUAUCAUCCCCAAAUUGACCAACUGGGAAAACCCCGAAUUGGUAAUUUGUAAUGAAGAAAACAUUCCAGAUGCUUAUGUGAUGACUAUCUCGUUGCCAAGAAGUGUUGGCCAAGAUUACGAUCAAACCUUGGCACUAAUUCAGUCCCAAAAUGACGAUUUAGUCACCGAUUCGUGGGAAUGGGUGAAUGAGCGCGAAGAUGGUGAUAGAUUAGUUGUCACCAUACGCAUUGACAAGGAAUCGCAUGCGGCUAUUAAAGAGAAGAGGUGGAAGAUAUUUUACAAAUUUGGUGUAAUUGAUGUAAAUUUUGCCCGCUAUGUACGGUUUGCGCUAAGUAAACGCCUUACCGAAGAAGCCGCGGUGACUAACAAUGACGGCAAAGAAGGUGAAACACAAGCUGAGGACGGCGAAAAAGAAACAACUGCUGAAGCAGAGGAGGACCACCCACCCUCACCACCGCCAGCUCCUGUAAUCAGCAAAUAAAAACGUAUGCGGUAUCUGCAUUCUUACUUGAGUUCUUAUCAUCCAUGAAAUUUAUCCUCAACAAUUGAUCAUAUCGAAUAUUUUACAACACUCUGCUGGGCAAUGCGGCCAAUGUUUGGACGUUUAAGCGCUGUUUAAAUACGAUUAAUGGGAAACUCUCUCAGUAGCUUUAGCAAAGAACAAACGGUAAAACACUCCGAAGGCAUUGGCAAACAGCAAGAAUCGUCAAUGGGGAUUCAAGAAGUCGACGAAAACAGGGAAAUUUAUACAUUUCGUGAGCUGAGCUGAAUACCCUGACGAAUUAAUUGGUGUGUAACUUUCAUAAUCAUGUCAAUUGUUUCGGAAAUUAUCAUACAAGUAAUUACUUUAAAUUAUUUAAAUUAUACCUGUACAAUAGUAAGUUUUUGCUGUGCAAAGCUGUUCGUGCAGCUCUUUGUCAUACCAUACAUACAUCAAGCACACUCUAAUUAUCACAAAGUUUGUAUACCGCCUGCGUCAAUAAAGUAUAUCUUACCAGAAGACGAUACAUAAAAGGAACCAUCUAAAA